CUGUCAAUUAUGCAAAGCCGCCAUUUUGUGUGAGUUGUUUCAUGUUUGUAUCGUGUCAAUUCUUACAGAACUCGCUAAUACUAUUUUAAAUACAAAAUUAUUUCAAUUGUUUUGCGUUAUAUUUAUCGCAUUUAAGUAUUUUCGUGGUAAUAUCACUGGCAGAGUAAAGUGUUGCAUUGAUUAUAGAGACUUGUACUAAAUGAGCUCAAGACAUCGAGAUCGUAGUCGUUCGCGGUCCCGUGAUCGUGACAGACAUAAGGAACGGGAUCGGGACCGCGAUAAGAACCGCGAGCGGGACCGCGAUAAGGAUAGGGAUCGGGAGAGGGACCGGGAGCGCGACCGAGAACGCGAUCGCGACCGAGAUCGCGACAGAGACAGGGACAGGCACCGCUCGUCCAAGAGAGAUAAGGAGCGCGAGCGCAGCCGCAGUCGCGAACGUCAUAAGGAAAAGCGGCGCACGCGUAGCCGAACGCGCAGCCGCAGUCGUGGACGCAAGUCCAAAGACAGGGAUGGCACCAUCGCGCUGCUGGACCAGAUGGUGGGCACUACGACGAAGGCGACAGCGCGGCAAGUGACCACCAACGGCGCCAUCAACCCCGCCACCCAGGCCGCGAUACUUGCCGCCGCUGCUGUUGCUCAGACAUAUGUUGCCCAGCGUCGCAUCGCAGCCCCGGUGCAGCCGGCGGCAGCGGCGGCGGCGGCGCUAUCUGCUGCCACGGCCAUCCCGCCGCCCACCUCCGUGCAGCAGAAGCUGGAGCAGCUGCAGGCGCGGCACCGCGACAAGGCGCCGCACCACUCGCCCGAGCACCACCCCGACGACGACACGGACGACGGCCAGGGCCCCGUCGGCGAGACCCCCGCCGAGAGACGCGCGCGCCGCCGCCGCACGCGCUGGAUGGGCUCCGAGCACGACAAGACCUUCAUCCCCGGCCUGCCCACCGUGCUGCCCUCCACGCUCACGCGCGACCAGGAGGAGCAGUAUCUAUUGCAGCUGCAGAUCGAGGAGGUGAGCCGCAAGCUGCGCUCCGGCGACCUCGGCAUCCCCGCCAACAUCGAGGAGAGGUCGCCGUCGCCGGAGCCGAUCUACUCGACGGACGGCAAGCGGCUGAACACCCGCGAGUACCGCACGCGCCGCAAGCUCGAGGAGGAGCGCCACCGCCUCGUGCAGCGCAUGAUGCAGGUCAACCCCGAGUUCAAGCCGCCGCCUGACUAUAAGCCACCGAUCAUCCGUGUCCACGAUAAGGUGAUGAUCCCUCAGGAGGAGCACCCUGACAUCAACUUCGUGGGGCUGCUCAUCGGACCACGUGGGAACACGCUAAAAGCGAUGGAGAAAGAGACCGGUGCUAAGAUAAUAAUCCGCGGCAAGGGUUCGGUGAAGGAGGGCAAGGUGGGCCGCAAGGACGGGCAGCCGCUGCCCGGCGAGGACGAGCCGCUGCACGCGUACAUCACCGCCACCAACGCAGACUGCGUCAAGAAGGCCGUCGAAAAGAUCAAGGAGGUGAUCCGUCAGGGCGUGGAAGUGCCGGAGGGGCAGAACGACUUGCGGCGCAUGCAGCUGCGCGAGCUGGCGCAGCUCAACGGCACGCUGCGCGAGAACGACGCCGUGCGCUGCGCCAACUGCUCCGCCACCGACCACAAGACGUGGCUGUGUCCCGACAAGCCGAACGUGACGGGCAGCAUCGUGUGUUCAUCGUGCGGCGGCGCGGGACACAUCGCCAGAGACUGCCGCGCCAGGCGGCCCGGACACGCAAGACCUGCCGACAAGGCUAAGAUCGACGAGGAGUACAUGUCUCUGAUGGCGGAGCUGGGCGAGGCGCCACCGACAGGCCCGGGCAGCGGAGCCGGCGGCGGGGGUGGCGGAGGGAAUAGCGCCAGACGGUUCACACCCUCACUGUUCGCCGCCAACCAGCCGCAGCGCGCCAUCAUGCCUGCGCCAGGCGCGCCGGGCUCGUUCGUGCCUCCGCCGCCGCCGCCCACCGCACACCCCGCACACGCCGCGCCCUGGCUCGGAGUCGGCGCAGGCGCACAGCCGCCGCCGCCGGGAGCGCCGCCGCCCGCCUUCCCACCGCCGCCGCCACCACACGCACAGCAUCAUCCGGGUGAUAAACUGUGUCCGCCUUCCAACGUGUCCAACAUGCCCCCGCCGCCUGGUGUGGUGGGCAUGGGCGCCGGCGGGUGGCGCGGGUUCAACCCGCCGCCGUGGGGCGCGCCGCCGCCGCCCGCCUUCCUCGCGCCGCCGCCGCCUCCGCCGCCCGUCUCCUCCGCGUAACGCGCAGGCGCCAGCCUCGAUAGGGCUUCAUCACGCCACAUGACAGAAUGACAAACUAUUUUUCAAAUCAAUUAUUAAAAAAACAACUUCUCGCUCCGCCAAUCGACCGUUCGUCCAUCGAAGAGUCGAAAAAUUCAAGUCAUAAACCUUAAUUUAAAAUUAUGCUAUUUGAAAAUUCUUUGGUGUUCUGUUCUAAGCCGGCAAGCGUCUGUGCUCAAAUGCCACGUGUACAUUAUAACACAAUUAUAUUAUUUUUUUGAUACCGAAAAUUACUGCUGAGAUGAAUACCUCAGGUGUUGUAUAAUUUGUUUUAGAUCCUACUGUGUCCGUGCGAUACAAACGUAAUGUUUUAAUGUCGCGUUAGUCAGUACUAUAAUAGUGGGUGGUUGGAUAGCUGGAUGGUUACAUAGUGAUUGUCACCCCGGAUGUUGGAUUACGUGAGUAAUGAUCAUAGGACCAUUAAAUGAAAUCUGACCUUUGUCACUAGUGACGCAAAUAUUACACUAAUUUUAUUAAUUAUAAAUAAAUAAAUAAGUUUAAUCUGAAUAAAUGAUAAUAUACCA